CAUUAGUGUUCAGAGCAAAAUAAAGACCCAGACAAUGGUUCAAGAUUUUGGUUCCCAAUCCCGCUUGCCACCCGGUCUGAUAGGUCCUCGUUGUUCAGCUUCUGUUUUGGUUGAGGGUGUGCAAUGCGACUCUAUCAUGGAUAGUGGUUCACAAGUCACUACAAUCUCCGAAUCAUUUCACAAGGAUAAACUGGCACAUCUCCCCAUUCAGCCCAUUCAAGCGUUGCUUGAGAUUGAGGGCGCAGGUGGACAGCACGUCCCCUACCUUGGUUAUGUCGAGACCCGCGUCACUUUUCCACAAAACAUUACAGGCAAAGAGGAAGAGUUGGUUGUUUUGGCUCUCGUUGUGCCUGAGUGCCAUUUUAACAGCAGAAUACCAGUUUUGAUUGGUACUAAUGCACUGUUGAGACUCCAUGAUAAGUUAUCUGAACGUGACGGUCCAGAUUUCCUUCACAGACUGUGUUCCAGAGAUGUAGCACUGGUUCUCCAGCACUUGGCUAAACAAAUGGAUGAUUGCCACACAUGUCCAGUAAUGUUGCACGGGAAAGUACCGGUCACCAUCCCUGCCAACCGGAAGUGCUGUGUAAUUGGUGAUGUUAGGCUGAGAAAGAACACUCCCAACGUAAGCUUUGUCCUUGAACCAAGUGAACACCACAAGUUACCCGGUGGUUUAUUUCUUGAGACUGCUUUGAUAGACAUCCCUUACAAAGCUAAGAGUAAGGUUCCAGUCGUCUUGCAGAACUUGAGUGGGCACAGUAUUGUAUUGCAACCAGGAAGUACAGUUGCCCAGGUAUGUGUAGCCCAGCACAUUUCACCCCUGGCGCCUGUUUCAAAUGCUUCUUCUCAUGACAAGUUUGAUAGAGAGAAGCUAAAGUUUAAUCUUGAUGAGUCACCCAUCUCUGAAGAAUGGAGAGAGCGCAUUACCGCCAAGCUCAAGUCCGUUUCAGAAGUGUUUGCGGUUGAUGACCUGUCUUACGGUCAUACCACUGUGGUAAAGCAUCACAUUCGGCUGAACGAUGACACGCCGUUUAAGGAACGGUCGAGGCCCAUCCACCCAAGUGACAGAGAAGCUGUCAAGCAACACCUCAAAGAACUGCUUGAUGCAGGUGUCAUUAGGGAGUCGGAGAGCCCCUACGCAUCCCCAAUAGUAGUUGUGCGUAAAAAGGAUGGUUCAAUCAGGUUGUGCGUUGAUUACCGGAAGUUGAACGCACGGACCAUUAGGGAUGCUUAUGCCCUCCCAAACAUUGAGGAGACCUUCACGGCCCUUAGUGGCGCCAAGUGGUUCUCGGUCAUGGACCUCAAAUCAGGCUAUUAUCAGGUUGAGAUGGCCGAGGGAGAUAAAGCUAAAACUGCUUUUGUCUGUCCUCUGGGGUUUUACGAGUUUAAUCGCAUGCCGCAGGGCAUUACAAAUGCUCCAAGUACGUUUCAACGACUGAUGGAGAAGUGUGUUGGGGAUUUGAACUUGAGUGAAGUACUUGUGUUUUUGGAUGAUCUGAUUGUGUUUUCAGACACCCUGGAGGAACAUGAGGUGAGACUCAUGAGGGUGCUGAACCGGUUGAGGACUUUGGGUUGA